AUGGCCAGCAAAUCCCGCUGGGCCGACACAGCAGAUGAUGCCGCGGUCGAGGCGAAGCUCAAGCGGGAGAAGGAAGAGAAGAAGCGCAUAAAAGCCGAAAAGGCACGGAAAGCAGCAGAGGAGGAAGCCAAACGGAAAGCACAAGCCGAAGCCCAACAACGAGCCGCACAAGCCCAAGCAGAGAACGAAGCAGCGAACGACGACAACGCCAACAGACCAUCCGCGAAGCGACGGAAACUCACACCCGAGCCAGGAGCUAACGAAGGCGAAGCAGCAGCCAAGACAACAACAGAUGGCGAGAGCGCGAAGCUGCUGCGCUUCGAGGCUCCCGGCACGGGCACCUGGGGCCCCUCACGCAGCGUCGAGAACUACGACAAACUGAACGACAUCGAGGAGGGGGCCUACGGGUGGGUGGCACGGGCACGCGAGAUCAGCACCGGCAAAGUAGUCGCGCUGAAGCGGCUCAAGCUCGACAGCAGCGGCCGCGCAGGCCUACCAGAAACAGGACUGCGGGAGAUCCAGAUCCUGAAGGACUGCGCGCACCGCAACGUCGUGUCGCUACAAGAAGUGGUGGUGGGCGACGACACGACGCUGGGGCGGAUCGAGAACAUCUUCCUCGUGCUCGAGUUCCUGGAGCACGACCUCAAGAGCGUGCUGGAGGACAUGCCGGAGCCGUUCCUGGCGUCCGAGGUCAAGACGCUGCUGCGGCAGCUCGCGUCGGGCGUCGCCUACCUGCACGACCACUGGGUGCUGCACCGCGACCUCAAGACCUCGAACCUGCUGCUCAACAACCGCGGCACGCUCAAGAUCGCCGACUUCGGCAUGGCGCGCUACGUCGGCGACCCGCCGCCGCCGAAACUGACGCAGCUCGUCGUCACGCUCUGGUACCGCGCGCCCGAGCUGCUGCUGGGUAUCAAGACCUACGGCACCGCCGUCGACAUGUGGAGCGUGGGCUGCGUCUUCGGCGAGCUGCUGACGCGCGAGCCGCUCCUGCAGGGCGCCAACGAGGUCGACGAGCUGACCCGCAUCUUCGAGCUCUGCGGCAUCCCGACCGAGGACUCCUGGCCUGGCUUCCGCCGCCUGCCGCACGCCCGCUCGCUCCGCCUGCCCUCGUCCUCCAAGCAGAACGCCGCCGCCACCGGCUCCGUCAUUCGCGCCAGGUUCCCGCUGCUCACGACCGCGGGCAGCGCCCUGCUCAGCGCGCUGCUGUCCCUGAAUCCGGACGCCCGGCCCUCGGCGAGGGACAUGCUGCUGCACGAGUACUUCCGCCAGGACCCCAAACCCAAGCACGAGGCGCUGUUCCCGACGUUCCCGAGCAAGGCCGGCCAGGAGCGGCGGCGGAGGCGGGAGACGCCCAACGCGCCGGGGAGAGGCCAGCCUGCGGAGCUGGGGUCCGUCGACUUCAGUGGUAUCUUUGCAAAUAGGGAGAAGGAGGAGAGGGGCGGUGGCUUCGCCUUGAGGAUGGUUUGA